AUGCCUAAUGCUUUCGUCUGCUACACAUUUAUUUUAUUUUACUCAUCUUUCCAUCUCUUGUCUGUAGCUGUUUCUUCAUCAGCUCACGGGGAGUCACCGUGGUUCGUGGGGUGCGUUAACGGCAGCAGCGGACUCCUUGCUCCCGAGGGACCACGCGACCUUGACCCGGUAACGUGCUGUGAACGAUGCCUGGAUGAGGGUGUCCUCUCCCUGCCUGUUGGAGGUGGAGAGGGAAGCAUAGCUCUCUACAGAACUGAAGGACCGUUUCUGCACUCUGUUGGUCUGUCCGUCUUGUCAGACAGAGUGCAGGCUGGGAAGAGUUUUGUCGUGGAAGUGUCUGGGAAGCUGGCUGGUUGCCCUGAGCAGCCCACAGGGCUCUUUGGUAUUGGGGGGCAGGAGUUUUCUUCAGUGAGCAUCGAGUUUGAAGCACCGACUCCCACUGGCCAUAGUUUACAUCGUGUCAGCGUAUUUGACGAUGGCUCCUUCGCUUGGUCAGCUGAUUGGAUUUAUGAAACUCCAGGGCAGUAUUCACUUACUGUCAGAGUCUCCAACCCCCUCUCCAUUUGCUCCUCCACCCUCCACCUCUUCGUCACACCCCCCUCUUCAUCUAGCUUAGUCAUUUCACUACUACACGGGCCCCUGGGUGUCCCCUCCUGCAUCCCUUCUCUACAGACUGACUCAGACAGUGUGACAGUGGAGGCCGUUUAUCUGGACGACCCUGUCACACUGCAGGCACGUCUGGUUGAUGGUCUGCCGGCAGAGUUUAUGUGGAGCUCUACCCACCAGGAAAACAACAUGGAAGUAAAGACGGAUGGUGUGAACAGCACUGUGAACUGGACCUUUGAGACAGAGGGCGUUUACAUGGUGUCAGUGAAUGCCUCAGGUGCCUUUGGAUGGACACAGGAGACAAAAAAUGUGGCUGUUUGUCCCAUCAUCUCUGACCUCAAAGUGAAUGAAUCAGAGAAUCUGUUGACUUCUACAGAGGGCUUUUCUGUAGCCCACAAAAACUGGGGGGUAAAUGCUGAGGGGAACAGAAAGUCGUCAUCACAAAUCAGAGUUAAUCCAACAUGGCGGCCACCUACCAGUCAGAGUCUUGUUCACAGCCCGGCUCAUGUGCAGAUUUAUGCAGCAAAUCAGACCUAUCCAACAAAUACAGAUAUAACUCUCCUGGCUGUGGCUCAAGCACCAGACCCUGUGGAGUUCCUCUGGCACUUUGGAGACUCAAGAUCAGUAAGAACAACCUUGAGAUCCAUCACUAAGAGAUACAAGAAACCUGGCAGGUAUGAUGUGGUUGUUGUCAUGUCCAGCAACCAGAGCUUGGUUACUUCGGAUGCGUUCCCACUGAUUGUCCAGAGAGCGGUGAAGCUCAACAGGCUGCUCCACCCACCUUCUGUCCUGCAGAACCAAACAGUGAUGAUGAGUUGUCGUGUCAACGUGGGGACUGAUCCCAUCUUCCUGUGGAGCUUUGGAGAUGGAUCCUCCAGGAUAGGACAGGGCAUAGAACAGCACAUCUAUCAGAGGACAGGAGAGUUCACAGUGAAAGUCACCGUGUCUAACCUGGUCAGCUCAGCCUCUUUAAGUAGUCACAUCUUUGUUGUAGACCGGCCUUGUCAGCCUCCACCUGUCAAAAACAUGGGCCCCCUCAGACUACAGGUUCAGAGAUACGAGGUUGUCCGUCUUGGGGUGACCUAUGAUACUGAAGAGGACUGUGACAUCAAAGGUGACCUUCACUACACCUGGACCUUGUUUGACUCUGAAGGACGCGCCUUUCCUCUGCCUCUCAUAGACACACAGAAACAGAGCCUUAUUCUGCCUGGACAUCUCCUGUAUUAUGACACCUACACUGCUGUAGCAAGGGUUCAGGUUAUUGGCAGUGUGGUGUACAGUAAUUACAGCGUUAGAGUGCAGGUGAUACCAAGCCCUCCCAUUGCCUUCAUCCGCGGUGGCACAAACAUCUUCAUUAACAGCAGACACACUGAUGUGGUCACCUUUGAUGGGCAGAAAUCUUAUGACCCAGACUUCCCCAUGGACCAAGUCAGUUUUAGUUGGACAUGUCAACCUGUCAGCUCCAUCACCAGCUCCUGUUUCCACCACGAGGUUCCUACUUCAUCCUCCCUGCUCUCAUUUCCUGUUAGUUUCCUGAAAACUAACUUUGACCAGUUCCACUUCACACUCACUGUCCACAGUGGUGAGCGCUCAGCUUCAUCUGAGGCCUUCAUCACAAUAACACCAAACAUGAUCAGGAGGGUGUCAGUUUACUGCUCUCAGUGUGAGGGAGACCACCUGAACUGGGAUCAAUCUUUCUCUGUCAGCGCCAUGUGUGAAGGCUGUGAUAUUUCCUCAGAAUAUGUGUGGUACAGCUGGAGUCUGUUCUUGGUCAAUGCAUCUUCCAAGCCUGUCAUAGAAGUCCCAUUUUGUUACACUUUGGAUCUUGGUGCUCCGUCAACAGUCUUGGAGAGUUCCACCCUGCAUCCACCUGUUAAAGAUGCUUCUGUCAGUGCAUUUGAAAUGAGAGCCAGACAGCUAAAUAUGAGCCUGACUGACGGCUCAGUGUUAUCUAAGAAUAACAGAGAGAAGGCAGGAGAGGAGCCCUUUUUUCACCCUGUUAGGGAUCUGGACCCUCCAGAGCCUUUGUCCUCCUCCACUGAAUACCAGACUCUUGCCCUUGACAACAGCAGCGUCCAAUAUCUAGACCACUUAGGCCAGAGUGACGUUAUCAGUGAAAUGCAAAUAGACUCUGACUCCUCUACUGACUGGGAGCUUUAUUUUCCUGUCCUGGAGAGUGGGGACCUAGGGGGUCAACUAGUGCCUGUAAGAACGAAUAUCCCCUUGGGGACAAUAAAGGUCUAUCAAUCUAAAUGGGGGGCGGUGCCCAAAGCGGAGCUCAAUGACUUGGUGUAUGAGUACAGCAUCAGUGUAGGAGACAGAGCUCCCAGGACGCUGUAUCAUGGCAGAGACUUCCAGUACUACUUCAGCCUUCCUUCUGGUGAUCCCGAUGAUGACUACAAAGUAACCAUUUACACAGUGAUCAGAAGCAGCACUGGUGGGCCGGCCACCAAACCCUGUCCUGUAAGCGUCCAAGUACAGCCGAGUUUCUUCAGAGGCAAUGCUUCCUCUUCUCCUUUUGAUCCUGAUCUGGAAUUCUCUGAAACAUGUCUGAGGAACCUGUCAGCCCUAGUGCAGCUUGGUAACAGGAAAGAGAUUCAAAACUACAUCAGUCUCCUCACCAACAUCCUGAACAGACUCAGUCAGGACGCUGAGGCAAACAUCUAUGCUCAGAGACGCAUGCGCAGUCUGCUCAUAUGUGCGCUAUGUGAGCUAGAAAGCACUGAAGAGGCUGCAAUGGAAGACAACAUCUGCAUUCUUCAAAGUCUUUUACGUUUCACGCAUCAGGUUUCACUAACGAGUGCAAGGAGGGUUAUAGAUCAUGUUCAGGCCGUCUCAGAGAGGCUAUCAAAGUCAAGAGCUCAAGGCUCGUACCAUCUGGCCCAAGAGACCCUAAACACCCUGGUGGCCCUGCUCUCCUACAGCCUGCAAGCUGCUGUGAACGGCAACAACUUCCCAUCAGAAAAGUUCAACCGUGGUGACACUAAUCAGGCUUUUGGAUCAGACUCACAUGAUGAGAACAUUAGAAAUGCUCUCUCUAAUGCCUGCAUAGCACACUCUUCCACUGGUGAUUAUAAAGAAAAAUUUGGAUCCAUUUCAACAAGGCAGUUCAUACAGCUUGUAGCUGAGAUUCUGCAGACUGCUGCAGAGCUCAUGAUGAGGUACCUCUUGUUUCAUGAGGCCCGCGAGCACAGAGUCAGCACUGGUUUUAUUGUCUUAUAUGCCAGAAACCAAACUCAAACCUCCUCAGUCAUCAUCAGCAGCUCAAGCACUGUUUACCUGCCCUCCUCUCUGAUACAGCGUCUGUUUGUGCACGGUAGAGAGACUGGGAGACACUGUGUGCUUAGUAUGCUGACUGAGCUCACCCAUAGCCCUUACACCUGGGCUUACCACCCUGGAAAGAUGAGUGGACCAGUGGUGGAUCUGAGUUUAUACCGGUGCAACUCAAAGAGAAAGAUGCAUUUUCACUCUCUCAUUCAGCCAAUAAACAUCGAGCUGCAGCUUCCACAGAGGACAAACUAUGUGAGUGAACACAUCCUCCUCAGGAGCCAAAUCAACUAUCACAGCUUCAACAUUACCCAGGAGCACUUGCAACAGGUCAUCCAGCUGAGUGUGGUGUUCACACCAUCACUUAACAAGGCAUUUCCCAUCAUGCUGCUCUUCAGAAUGUUUGAACGGCCAGCUCCCAGCAUGCACCAUCUGCUAAAGAUUCAUCACUGGGAGAGCAACACUAUACAUAUUACUCUUCCUCCAUCCUACCUGAAAGCUGCAGGAGUUGGUCACCUGGCCCUGCUGAACGCUGAUUUUCAGAACACAGCCAGACACAAGCACACCAGCGAGCGGGUCAGCUACAGUGUGACUGUGGAGAGCAGCUUGUGUUUAUCCUGGGAUGACCACCAGGGGGCCUGGACACAAUACGGCUGCAUGACACAACAAGUAGACACCGCUGCUGCAGUCAACUGUAGUUGUCAGCAGUUGAGGCCGGUGACUGUGGUGCAGGGGCAGAUCCAGAGCAGCCAUGACACAGGCAGCCUGGACCAGUUUGUGAGUGUGACCGCUGAUCUGACAGUGCUCUGUGUGCUGGUUCUUUGUGUGUGCUUGUAUAUCCCUGCGAUGGUGAUGUGUAAGCGAGCUGAUGUGGUUUCCAAGGCUAACCAAGGAGUCCACUACCUCUCUGACAACUCCCCGUCUGACCCAUACCUUUACACUGUUACAGUCCACACUGGGCCCUGCUCUGCAGCCUAUAUGAGCGCAAAGGUUUACAUCAUGCUGAAUGGUGAAGACGGGGUGUCACAGACUAAAGAACUUCAAGUCCCAGGAUGCACUUUGUUCAGGAGUAACUCUCAAGACACCUUUAUGUUGAGUGCAGCUGUCAGUCUGGGCCAAGUGAGGGGAGUUCACAUCUGGCAUGACAACUCUGGACUCUCCCCAUCCUGGUACCUCAAACAAGUGGAGGUAUCUGAGGUGAAUGGGGGGAAAGUCGGAGGACGUGCUUGGCUUUUUGUUUGUGAGUGCUGGUUGGCUGUGAAUAAAGGCGAUGGCCAGGUGGAGAGAAGGCUGCGAGUUUGCAACCAAGGCAUCGGCUUUGCUACGAUGCUGGGUCUCAAGCUAUCUGACUACUUUGCCGACCACCACAUGUGGAUAUCCGUACGCAGCUGCCCGUCUCCCAACUCCUUCACACGCUCUCAAAGACUUAGUGUUAGCCUGCUGCUCCUGAUGGGCUACUCGUGUGUAAACACAAUAAUUAUUUCACAAAUGGAUGAUCAGUUGCUGUUGGAGGUGGGCAUCAUUGGUGUAUCGGCUGUAUCCGUGACAACAGGAUUAUUAAGUGUGGUGGCUGUGUUACCUAUUGGAGCAUUAUUAUCCUUCCUGUUCCGGCUGCGUGAUGUCAAAAUUGCAGGAUUGGAAGUCCAGUACAUAAAAGACACAACCUCUGAAAAGAUCUUUCAUGGAGGAAAAGAGGAGGGCAGCCAUUACCAGGUCUCACAGUCCAGCACAUGCCACUACAUCGCCGACCGGCUGAUGAGAAGAGGAUUCACACCAGUAUCUCAGUGGAGUCAUUAUCUGGUCUGGCCACUGUGUCUACUGUUGUCUUUCUGCUGCCUGGUGCUGUCUGCAGUAGUGGGAAAGAGGUUCCGCAGCAGCGAGGUUCUUCUUUGGAUUCAUUCUCUUUUCUUCUCCGAUGUCUUGUAUCUUUCUCAUUCAGCCAGCUGUGAACAGAAGAGAGAGGUUUCAAAACUGUGGAGCCUUGUUGCUGCUAAUCAGCCAGAUGAUCAAUUCUGGAAAACGGUCUUUCUCGAGAGGAGAUGCUCAAACGUUAAUAAGCUGCUUGGAGCUCGCCGGCGUACACGGUUCCUCCGUCACACACAUCCGCCGACACGAGCAGAACUGAGGAAAGCCUGCUGGAAGAAAAGAAGAGAGGCUCUUAUCUGCAAAACCCUCAGGGAUUUUUCCAUCUGUUUCUUCAUGCUUUUCCUGAUGCUGUGCAUAAAUUAUGGCGGCUCACUGACAGCUGAUUAUUAUCAGCUUAAUAAAGCUGUCAGAGAGAAGUUUGUGAGGGGCCAUGAUAAUUUAUUUAUGUCCGUACAAAAAUUUGAUGACUGGUGGGAGUGGGCACAGACCAGUCUACUUCCUUUACUCUACAAGAAUGCAUCAACUACAACUGAACAAUCACAGAUUUUGAUUGGAGAGCCGAUCCUGUGGAAGGUGGAAGAGUCCAAGGUGACGCUUGCGCCGGAGUGUCAUUUAUUCAUGUCUGGAAGCAGCGCAUCCACUCACCCACACUGCAGCGUCUUUGGUCCUCAGGCAUCGCCUCCAAGGAAAUGUGGUCUGCUGGUCUGCAACUCUGGACAAAGUACUUCAGUUGGCUUAGGUCACAGAAAGUCUGAGGCUGAGUCCAGACUGAGGCUGCUGCGUUUAAGUGACUGGCUGGACAGGCGGACGGUGGCUGUGAAAGUCCACUUCACUUUGUUCAGCUCUGCAGCCAACUUAUUCACCAGUGUGACAAUGCUUACUGAGCAAAGCCCUACAGGGGUCCUUCUGCCUUCUGCCAGAGUCCAGUCUGUCAGGGUGUAUCACACUCCCACUGUGUGGGACUAUGUUGUUAUGGUGUGCCAGCUGCUCUUCCUUUUCUUAUCUUUGCUGCAACUCUAUGAUCAAGUUUUUGCUGUGGGGGAGCAAGGGCUGAUGGAGUACUGGAGAACACCCUGCAACUGGCUAGAGGUCAGUUUGCUGAUAGUGACCAUGUUUUAUUACACUUAUCACAUCCAUCACUCUGGUAUUGCUUUGGAUGUCGUAAAGCUGCUUCAGAGACGUAACGACAGAGGGCACAUUGACGUUGACCUCCUGGCAACCUGUGAACAAACUAUCUGCAGUCUGCAUGGACUUUUACUCUUUCUCCUCACCCUGAAGUGUGUGACUGGGCUAAGGGCAAUUAGGAUGUUUGCCACAUGUGCUACUCUCCUGACUCGCACUCUUUCCAGACUUCUCUGGCCUAUGAUUUCAGGUCUCAUCCUGAUGGUGGCGCUGUCCUGUGUUGGGAAUCCUCUACUUGUCCAAACCCCCACAGCCUCUGGUUUACUCUCUCCAUCAACUCUGACUCUGCUUUGUCAUUACCUCAGUCAAAAAGCAGCGAAAGUCCUCCUCCUCUCUGGACGUGAUCUACUCUACAAAGGACUUCUCUAUCUGUUCUCUAUUGUGUGGACAGCUGGGACUCUAGGAGUUGUGUCAUCAUUGGUUAGAUGUGCCAAGGCAUCUCAAUCCAGGAACAAUGUUUUUACAAUAACAGAAUUGAUUAAUUUCAUUAGACAGAGAGUCUCUGAGCUUAUUGGACAUGCACGAGGAGGUGCAUGGACUGAAAAUCAAAUGGAAAGGAGGAUGUAUCACUUUGAGGAGUUUGAAAACGUAUUAGAUGAGCUGUUGUUUAAACUGAACACCCUCUCAGACAGUCUGCACCACACACUGCCACCCAAAGCCCACUGCUACAAGGAGGACAGCCCGUACUCCUCACCCAUACAAGAGCCUCUCUACCUGGACACACAGGACUCUGUGGGACCUUUCCUAACAAAAUAUUCAAUGCUGAAUGAUCACACAGAUGUCAGCAGCCACAGGAUAGCCCUGCUAUCUCACCUGCUCAGGUCCAAGCCUGAGCUGAAGCAACAGAGAAGCCAAAGAGAAGACAGUCUCUUCCCCAGCACUGUUGAACCUGCAACAAAAACAGAGGAAGACCCAAAAGACAGACAGCUGCAGACUUACUUAAAGGCAAAAAACUCUGGGUCCUCUUUCAAGUCAGCAUCCCUGGUCACAGUUUGUCCAUAUAAUGUUCCAGAGAAGUCAUUUGAUCAGAGGACUGAAAAAGAUGGCCGCCGCUGGUUAAGUAAAACUCAGACCAAUCAUACAGAAGUACUGGUGGAAGUAUUAGUACAUGGGGAGCCUGGAGAUUCAUUCAUACAAACAGAACAGUCCCACUGA